AUGCACUCAUUCCCCCCCGUUGUGACGGGCCCGGGCCAGCAGACAGAUUCUGAGUACCUAGUUAUCUUUAAGGUGAACACCGUCCUUCUGCGGGUCAGUGACUGCCGAGGCCUUGGUGUCUCUCAUCGUAGCCGGACACGGAUCUCGGUGCGAAGCCGCUUCCCUUCACGUCCCUGCCAGCGCAAGGCUGACCUUCUUAUCCUUAAAGAAAUACACAGAGUGUAUCUCCUCCUGCAGGCCCACGUCCGAACCUCCACCCGAACUCUCCGCACAGACACGGGCGGCAGUCGGCCUCUCGCGGCGCCUGGAGCCGGAGGGGGUUCCAAGCUGAGGAGAUCUGGGAAACCGCCGGACCCGGACCCGGCGUGUACGCGCUCUCAGCCUUGGUCACCGCGUCGGGGUGGCGCCUCUAGUGAGGCGUGUGCAGGCUCUGUCUGCGUCCUCAUCUGGUCUUCCCGCGCCCCUCUCGGGCGUCCGCGCUCCGGCGUCCUGGCUGCCCGGUUCGUGGCUAUCCGGGCAGUGGCCUGGCUGCUCGUUGGGUUGGCCGGGCUCACCCACUCGCUGGCCUCGGCCUUCAGCGACGCCCCCUUUGGCGCUGGCAUCAGGGCCACUUGUUCUGAAAUUAUUUUGAGGCAAGAAGUUUUGAAAGAUGGUUUCCACAGAGACCUUGUAAUAAAAGUGAAGUUUGGAGAAAGCAUUGAAGACUUGCAGACCUGCCGACUCUUAAUUAAACAUUAUAUCCCAACAGGACUUUUUGUGGAUCCAUAUGAACUGGCUUCAUUACGAGAGAAAAACAUAACAGAGGCAGUGAUGGUUUCAGAACAUUUUAAUAUAGAAGCCCCCAAUUAUCUGUCCAGGGAAUCUGAAAUUCUCAUGUACGCCAGAAAAGAUGUCCAGUGCAUUGAUUGUUUCCACACCUUCUUACCUGUGCACUACCGCUACCAUCGGCCACAAAGCAAAGAUGGAGAAACACAUAUUGUGGUCAACAACCCAGAUCUGUUGAUGUACUGUGACCAAGAAUUUCCGGUUUUGAAAUGCUGGGCACAAUCCAAAGUAGCAGCUCCUUGUGCUUUCAAGAGUAAGGAUAUCUGCCAGUGGAACAGUAUGAAGUAUAAGUCGAUCCUCAAGAAUGUAACCUUACAUGUUCCAGUAGGACUGACUAUACAUACCUCGUUAGUAUGCUCUGUGACUCUGCUCAUUACUAUCCUGUGUUCUAUUUUAAUCCUUCUUGCUGUUUUCAAAUAUGGCCACUUUUUCAUAUAAGUUUUUUACAGUUAAAUGUUUUCUGUAAUCCUAAAUAACUUAUUUGUGUUUAGAAAUGUUCUUCUAAAAUUCAUAACUUUUGUGUUUUAUCUUCAUUUAUAGUUAAAGUUGCCAGAGGAAAUUUUUAGUCACUCUAAGCUAAUUCCAAAAGUUAAUGCUUUUGUGUAAACCUUUGAAAAUGUUUAGUCAUCAAGAGCCUAUAGCAAAGGCUUAAUUCGGCUGCAUUAACAUUUAUUGUUAGAAGUGACUAUCUUGGAAAAAACUUAGAAAAGAUAAGAGAAAAUAAGAUAGAAAAAAUCAGUUCAUUAUAAUUGGUGACAAAUUAUUCUCACUUUAUAAAUAUGAACCUUUCCAUUUAAGCUAAAAAUGGAGAAAAUCCUUAUAAAAAUAAAAUGGGUUAUCUAGCUCAAGUGGUUGACACUUACCUAGCAUGUAUGAAGCCCUGACUUCAAUCCACAGUACUUUCCUCUCAAGAAAAAGAAAAAGAAAAAAUUAAUUUAGAUGGAAAUCAGGUUUAAUUUGAAUCUUAGUUUUAUGAGACUACUAAAGUUCAGAAGGUCAA